AUGAAAGCUUCUCAAAGUAGGCAGAAGAGUUUCCAUGACAAGAGAAGAAAGGAUUUGGAAUUCCAAGCUGGUGAUCAUGUGUUUUUGAGGGUCACACUUGUGACUGGUGUUGGGCGAGCUCUUAAAUCUAAGAAGCUCACUCCUUGCUUCAUUGGUCCGUAUCAGAUAUCGGAUCGGGUGGGAAAAGUGGCUUAUCAUGUGGCAUUACCGCCAAAUCUUGCUAACCUGCACGAUGUGUUUCAUGUAUCACAACUCAGGAAGUAUGUUUCAGAUCCGUCUCAUGUGAUUCAAAUGGACGACGUACAAGUGCGUGAUAAUCUCACAGUGGAGAUGAUGCUUGUGCAAAUUGAGGAUCGCGAAGUGAAGGUUCUAAGAGGCAAAUAG